CCAAUGUAAUGUUUUUGUAACAAGACUGACGUUUGAGUUCAUUUUGACAUUGGAUUUCGUAUGCUGGGGAUAUUAGAAUUCGAGCUGAGGUUUAAAGUUGUGUGACACGUUUAAAAUCUGACUGCCACUCUGCUUUCGACCACCAGAUUGCCUUCACACCAUACAUUUACUGUUAUUUAUUGUCGACUAACUUUAUUAUUUUGUACUUGAACGGGACAAAUAUCACUAUGCAGAUAUACACUUCUGAAAAGCGUGGCUCCGAUACAACUGGAGACGGAACAGAAAAAGCUCCUCUAAAAACUAUUCUUCAGGCCAUCGCUAAGUUAGAUGGGAAAAUUGAUGCGGAUACGUGCAUCUGGGUUGAUGGUGUUGAAAAUGAAAUGUGGGAUCCUGUAUCUAAAUCGAAACUAAAGAAGAUGAUCAAACAAUAUCAUAUUCAAGAAAGAAAACAUGAUAAGGUGCCAAAGGGAAAAGUUCCACCUGCUGAAAACGGUAAUCUUAGUGAAGCAGUGGAUGCUCAACUGACUUUGGAUACAAAAUUACCUGAAGCAAAACAAUGUAAAAUUCGUGAUUUACAAACCUUAUACGAUCAACGUGUACGUGUGUACGGCUGGGUGCAUCGAAUACGUCGUCAGAGUAAAACUUUAAUGUUCAUUGUUCUUCGGGAUGGUACUGGGUUCUUGCAAUGUCUUUUUUCAAACAACCUGUGUUUAACUCAAGAUGCAAUCACGCUAUCACCAGAAUCUACUGUCGAAGUUUAUGGAGUGGUAAAACAAUUGCCAUCUGGUAAGUCAGCUCCUGGUGGCAUAGAAUUAGUUGCUGAUUGUUGGACGAUGAUUGGUAAAGCGCCAGCUGGUGGUAUCGACUCUGUACUAACUGUGGAAAGUGAUAUAGACACUCAGUUGGACAACAGACAUUUGGUUAUUCGAGGAGAAAAUACAUCGAAAGUGCUCAGGCUCAUCAGCGUUGCUUUGGAAGCUUUCCGUGCACAUUACCUAGAUCGUGGUUAUGUGGAGGUUUUACCGCCGACAUUUGUUCAAACUCAAGUCGAAGGCAGUUCUACAUUGUUUUCUUUGAAUUACUUUGGUGAGAAUGCAUUCAUGUCUCAGUCGUCUCAGUUGUAUUUAGAAACAUGUAUACCUGCCGUAGGUGACUGCUACUGCAUAACCCGUAGCUAUCGAGCUGAAAAAAGUAGAACUCGACGCCAUUUAUCUGAGUAUAAUCACGUUGAAGCGGAAUGUCCAUUUAUUGAUUUGAACGGUUUAUUAGAACGGAUUGAAGAUUUAGUUGUUGAUGUUUGUGAUCGCAUCAUGAAAAAAUCCGGUGAUCUGUUAUUAGAUGUGAACCCACAAUUUAAAAUACCUAAAAGUCCUUUUAAACGACUUAAGUACGAAGAUGCAAUUGUUCAUUUAAAUAAUUUAGGUAUUACAAAAGAAGAUCUUACACCUUUUCAAUAUGGUGAUGACAUUCCUGAGGCUCCUGAACGUCGACUUGUAGACACAAUUGGCGAACCAGUUCUGUUAACUAAUUUUCCUGCUGGAUUAAAAGUUUUCUAUAUGUUGCGAACUAAAGGUGAUCAACGUCUGACUGACUCGGUUGAUCUACUUGUCCCAGGCGUUGGUGAAUUAGUCGGUGGAUCAAUGCGUUUGGAUAAUAUUGAUGAUCUUCUCAAAGGAUAUCAGUUAGAGGGAAUAGAUCCAACUCCUUAUUACUGGUAUACAGAUCAGCGCAAAUUUGGAACUUGUUCACAUGGUGGCUAUGGAUUAGGUUUUGAACGAUUUUGUACUUGGCUUUUAGGCAAAGAUCAUAUACGAGAUGUUUGCCUAUAUCCUCGUUUCAUGGGUCGAUGUCGACCAUGAGUAAUAGUUUCACCAUAACUCCUACAUCUUAGUAUGAAUGUACUCUGUUUUUGUUCGUACAUAAUCAGUACGAAAUUUUUUCAUAUACAUAAAUAUUUGUCAACACCUUCAAUGUUCGAUAAGAUAAUUCACAGUUUGUUGCAUUUUUUUCCCAACAAAUGAUAAAUAUAUAUCAUACCAUUACUGAGGUUUAACUCGACAAUUUCAAAUAUAUUGAGCAUCUGAAUG